AUGGCUGAACAAGAAGCCUGUUUGAAGCAGUUAAGCCCUGGCUCUGAUUGGCGAUCCAGCGUAAGAAGGCUUUCCCAUACCCGUUCGUUGGGUGAAGAGUCACAAUCUGCAAGCUUUGUUCUAGUGCGACCAAGAAUUAGAAGCGGUUCUGAACCAAAUAAAGUAAGGCAUGAUAGCUCCACCCAUUCAGAAGAGAUCACCUCCCUUCGACUCGGUAGAACUGCUUCUUUACAAGGUAUGAGGGAAAUUGAGAGGCAUGGCUUGAGCUUUGAUAAAGUUGGACUGGAGGAAUGGAAGCUGCCCAUUGUUCCUUCAAGGCCUACGACUGUUGGAGCAAGUCAGUCAUUCAGCAAAAGAAGUGAUUCCAGUGUGAAUUUACCCGACCUAUUUAAAAAUUCAGAUAACUUGAAGCUACGUAAAAAGACAAGCUUAAAGGAGCGUCAUGUUGAAGAUGCUGAAACUACGUUUGACCUGGUGAAAAGUAAAGCUGAAUACACAGCCACAUGGUUGAGCGAUCAGUAAUUAAAUUAAAACGCACAGAAAAAAAUUCUUCAGUGCUUUAUCUCUUUGUUUUAAUUUGUUUGUGAUAAAAACACACUAGGUGACGAAGGAUCGAUCACUGGAAACGAUACAAAUAAUACUACACACUGACAUCAGCUAGUAUAGCUUUACUCUUGACACUGAACUAAACGCUACAAGCAAAAAGCUUCCCCUGCCUACUAGUCGACACCAGACAUGUCUUUGCCCUCAAAUUUCUCUUCCAAACUGCGCGCCUUCAUCUCGACAACAGUCCAGUAGAAAGUUUACUAAACUCCUGUAAGACCUCAGUCGCUAAGUUUUACGCAUAAAAGGACUUUGUACCGCUCCGUUAAUAAGAUACUAUAACCUCUCUUAAAGCCCAAAAACCAGUUACACGGACGGAAUUGUUCAUUCUGUGUUCCCGCCAUGCCUCGGUCUUAGUUCGCAGUUGACUGAUGGAAUGAUGUUCCUUCCGCUACGCCAUUUCCGUCGUAAAUUUGUUAUCGAUCUUGCGUAGCCGAUUCUGUUUUAAAUUAUUUCCAUAUUUUUCCUGCUUCAGUCAGCCAAAUUCCUUUCACUUUCAUGUUAUUGACAACAAUUCAAAGUUGUUAAAUUCGUUUUUCAAAAUUCACUUGCUUAUAAUUAUGUCAACCACAUUUCAAGAGGUGCUGAUUUUCCUUGAGCCCCUGAUGAGCCCAAUCCAAAAAUGCCGAAAUGGUGUAAUACAACCCGAAAAAUAUGGAAUGGGUUACUUUUUAAGGAAGAUGUAGAAAUCACUCGACAAAAGGUUUUUUCUUAGGACGAACUUGAUAUUCCAAAUAUCGAGCGUCCUAUUGUAGCUACAGCUUAACUUGAGAAACUGUGAGUUUGAAAGGUGCAUGUGACCUUAGGGCUUCGAGUAAUGACGUGGCUGGUAUACCUAUUUUUCCCUUUUCAGUUAAAUUUACGUUUUCCCACUUAAUUGUACGGGGUAUACUCUCUCUGUAUUAUGAAGACAGUUACGCUAGAUGGAGCAUAAUGGAAGGCACUAUAAUAGCUCUGAUGAAACAAAUUUUGUCAUGUUCACUAAUAGGCCUAACCUCACUGACUCCAACGAACAAUAGGGAGGUCUCUGUCGAAAUUAACAAAGGCGGACGUAGAAGUAUUGACAACGUUAGGUAAAAUGAAACAUUAGAUUCUGGAGUAUCAUUGUUUAGACUGAUAAAUAUAUUGCAGAACAAGGCACAGCUAGGCACACGACCAAACACAUGUAGCUAUAAGUUAUUCUCAGCAGCAUUGUAAGAGUACUAAAUCUAUGACACACUGUCCACUUUGGCGCGGAAACAGAAGUGACGCCACGCGGUGUUCAGCUCCGUGUAUUUAAGUAGUGUUAAAGUAUUCCGAUUGUAGUGACGGUGGGGAUUAGAAAAGGAGAACGAAACACUAUCCCAACACCAGAUCGAAACACUGCCAACACCUGCCACGCCUGUGACGAACUAAAUCAUUGCUAAGCAAAAUCAAGUCUUCUGCGUGAGAAGAAGCAUCUUAUUUGUUGCAUUAGAACCGGACCUACCAAUAAGAGGCCAUGAAGGCAUCUUUACAUACCUUUAUUGUAACAAUAUCAAUAAGAUAGUAGUUUCAUUUUACCUGUAAUGCAACUAACAGAUUGUUUCAUUCAGGAUUUUGGUUUCUUGUGCAGAUUAGAAUGUGUUUGUUUUAAUAGGAUUAGUAAAUGUGAUUAUAAGAAAAAUGAAAAUGAAUUGUGGUAGCUAAAAUGACUGCAUCGUGAAAUUUUAAUGUCAUGUUAUGGGCAGAAACUUUGCUUGUCAAUGACAAAAUGCAAUUUCAUGGCAAUCAGCUGCUGUGUAUGGAUCGUUAGUUGUCAGUUGAUUUGUGUUUUGCAGUUUCUAGUUAAAAAUGUUUCCCAAUUGCGUCACAAAAAAACUUCGUCCCUUCGCUUGCUCUUAAUAACUGCCUUUCUCAAAAUUUCGACGAUCUUCAAAGGAAUAAGUUAAAUUGAAAAAUAUCGAUUACGCUAUUCAGAUCUCUGAACCCGAUUAUAUAUGAAGCAAAAAAUUGAAUAAUAAACUUAGUAAAAUCAUAGUAGAGUCAAAGCUAUUAUCGAUUCAGUAUGUAUAAAUACUACAUUUAAAAAUUCACAACUUUUUAAAAAGGUACCAAAUAUAUACUUUACGGAAGUUUGAAGCUAAUGCAGUUUAUUCGUCAGUACUGUCUAUUUGUAUUUAUUGUGAUGUUGGUUUCAUGCAUGUAUAAAUUUCUGAUAGGAAAUUUUCCUGUUGAUAUGGCGUGGGGGUCUUGAUUAGUAAUAUUCCUCUUUCAUCUUUUUUUAAAUGCCCGUGUAAUCUUCUGAUGACUGCAUGAAAAAAUAAUAAAUAAAUAAAUAAAUAAAGUAAAAUAAAAUCCAAAGUGAAAGGCACACACACAGUUGUAUCGUUAAUUUUACUCAGCUAAAACAUAAAGUGAAGCUUAAUCCGCCAGGUUCCACCGAAGCCGUUAAACUGCGUAAAAAUUUUCAUCCAUCCAGACGCGGACGAACGUCUCUAUUAGAUAUAAGAGAGCAAGAACCGAUAAUAGAUCAGUUUCUCUCCUUUUAAUUUCUAAUAUUUAUUUUGAACAGUUCAGUUUGUUGGUUAAUUGGACCCUGAAGCUUUCGUAUAGGAUGCUAAGUCACGUUUACAGUUAUAUAACCUCGUCAAUUUUGAAUAAUAGGUAAUUAUUUUAUUGUUAAGUAUGAAUUGUUUUUAUAACAAACACACUAAGCCAGCUUAUAUAAAAAUUAACGAUCAUUUUAGCGAUCAGUAAAUUACAAUUUGAAAAUAAGCAAGAUUCCCGGUUCUCACACGCGACUUUAGGUUCGCUUGGCUGAUGGAAUGAUCUUCCUUCCUUGAUGUCAUUUCCGUUAAAUGUCCUAGUUCUAUUACGGUGUCGCUUUGAAGUCCAGACCAGAAGGAUGAUUAUUCCUCUUUAAAAUAAUUAACUUUAUAUCUCAUUACUCUGGUCAAGUCUAGUGAGCAGCUUAAACUUUGUUGUCAAUUCUUAUUGAUUCGUUUGUGGUCGGAUUCUUGAGGUACAGUAGCCUUUUUGCCUUUUACUCCAGUUAUCUAGAUGUAUAUCUGGAUAAGAAACUAUGUUUAAAAACUGAAGACAAAACAGCAAAACUCCGGACAAGCGGAGAUCAUGGGCAAACUGAUGAGCCUCAGGCUAGACAAAUCGUCUCUCUAUCUUUUGCCUUCCACUAACACAGUCAGUAGGCGACGCAUACGUAGAGAUAUGUGACAAAUUUAGCGGCUUUGAUGAAUCUGCAUGCCUUUAAAGGAGGCGCAACAGCCGAGAAAGAAGCUGUAAAAUGAGUUGUUUAGUUUGUACAGGACCUGAUAAAAGGAAUAAAGGAAGUAAAGUUAGAUUAUGCUAAACUGAUUUAAGGUUUAAUAACAAUUUUGAUCUAGUCUGGGUCUUUACUUUUUGUACUACUGUCCGGUGAAUUUUUUCCCCAUUCAGUAAGCCCAUCUUAAGAGUUGUAUUACUUGUAUUCGAAAGUUUAAGUCUGAUCUAUUCAUUUUUUACUGUGAUACUAGCUAAGGAUCUAACACAAGUAAAUAUCAAUGAAACAGCAACCUUAGCCACACUGAUGCCCCGUAUUGGUUUUGUGGCCUGUGCUGAUGACGAUAACUCAAAACUUAUUCAGUAGUGUAAAUCAGUGGGAAAUAACUGCAGCUUAAGUCAGAAUAUGAAGCCUUUUUUAUGAUGGUCUCUAACACCAAGCUUCACUAAUUUGUUUAGAUAAGAUUCAGGGAAUUCAAAGAACUCAUUUUGCCAACUUAAACUUGCGGCGAAUACUGAGCAAUAAUUAUUAUUCCACCCAUUACAUUAGUAUGCAACAACGGCUCACAUAAUCAUUAUCGCUGCUUGCUGCUACAAUAACAAUAUAGUGUUUGAGCGAUUUUGGCUGGUUUAGGAAACUUAGUACAUUUCCGGUGAGUGGCGUGUUCUGUUUGUUUGAAAACUUAAACUGUUAGAUGAAUUUCAUCACUGUUGAAAUAAUGUGUGACGGGCGGUUUUGCACGACUUCAUAAUAUUUUGAAAAUGAAAGCUGUUUCCCAUCGCAGUCUAACUUCCCUGCCACAAUGAAAACGGUACUUGAUUUUGAUGGUUUCAAAUUUGUACAUUUUCAUUGAUUAAUUAUUUAGGAUGACUAUCAUCAUCCUCUAGGUACAUCAGCGAUUUAUUACGUUUCUGUUCAAUACAACAUGGUCAUUAAAAUUGAUCAUUUGCCAAAGACCUAGACGAAGGCUUCAUUAUGGUGAUACGCUUUGAAUUAUUCUGAAAUGUUAGGAUCAUUGCAAAGCUAUGGACAUCGGCAGAAAAGAUGGAGAAAUUAUCGCUUGUAGUAGGAACUUCAGGGGAGAGACUUUCUUUUUUCAUUAGUCUAGUUGUAAAGAAUAAAAUAAAUCUUGAUUAAUUCUAUAGAAUGCACUGGCGCCUAACCCACCUUUAACUAUGCAAGCUAGUACUUAUCAGCCUGAUGCAAGGGCUAAUUGCUAGUCUUUAUUUUCCAUGAAUCACAGUAAAUUAUCAGAGCUUAAAUAGUGUAGACUCAAGACUAUUAUUUGUAGGAUUUUUCAAUGCAUUUUUAUUCAUGGGCAAGUAGAAGAGAGAGGAUCUAAAGACUAUAUGAAUUGCAUUGAACAAUGUUGACCGCCUUCUAUCAUGCCAAGAAGCAUUUGACUACCUAAAAAACAUUCAGAGUUUUAACCCAAGCUGGAAAAUUGUAUGGUGUUGGCUAACAGAAGAUUUUAUUUCCCUCUAGGAGCACUUGUCAGUUAUGUCCAUAAUUUAUUUAGAAAAGAUAAACUGAAUUCUCUGACGCCACACUUUUCUGAACUCGCUUCUGUUUAACAGAAAAACAAAACACUGAUUACUGAUGAAACCCUGCCACUCUUUUUCAAUGCUCAACCUGAUGACUCUUUAUGCGAUUAAAAUUAGAAGUUCACUUGCACUAUACUGAUCAAAAUAAUAAAUGCUUUAGCAAACUGGAAAGCUGGCAUGAAGAGUAGAACUAGCACGAAAUCAAAAUUGCCUUCAGAAUAUUGACCUAAACUCAAGCAAAAUCACUGUUAGAAGGCAAACCAAUAUUUAUUACCAGAAUGUUAUUCAUUUAGGUCAGUUCUACUUACUGUAUUUAACAGUGCUGUGUCAUGAAGAGGUAUUUCUAGUCAAAAGAAUUGCUCGGAAUGUCUUCACGAAGACGGCUGAGCUUUAAAGUUUGUUCACAGUUUAUCUUUUAAUAUACCGGCCUCAAUAUAACCAUUUCUUUCUCUCAUGGAACUUCUGAGGAUUAUACUCCGAAAAUUGUAACUCUUGUCUAGUAGAAGAGAAUCUCUUAGCGGACAGAUAAGGGUGAGGAGCAAAUGAUAUCGAGUUUCUUUGCUAUAGAAAGAUCACUAAUUCGAGUCAAACGACAUAAAGGAAGAAGUUAUAAAGUGGCAAAUAUUGAAGGAUGUUGGAGGAGCCCAAAGCCUCUUGAGCUUUAGACGUGUCAGUUACAGUACUGAUCAGAAGGUGCUAUCGAGAUUUUAAGAAGAAUAAACGAUAACUGCCAAGAAAUAGAAAGGCUCGUCUGUGCUGUACUGAAAAGAAGGAUGAAAUCUCUGACCGUUUCUUGGACAACUCCAGUUAUAAUAUUUUGUUUAUUCCACUCACAAAAGAAAGCUUAAGGACUAGAAAAUCUAUUCCAACAGCUGCACGGAGCAAUACAGGUGAAACGUCAAAGUAUAAGUAUUUAAACUAUAUAAAAUUGAACGUAGAAGCUACUUCUGUUGAUCUGUUCAUUGGCCACGAGCAUAUCAGGGUGUGGGUUGGUGGCAUAGAUUCCAAGUAGUACAAACUGAACACUGAACGACUUACUAGUAGAGUGUUCGCCUCAGUAAUAAACACUAUACAAAGUAGUGUAAUCAAAUUAAACAUCCACUAUUUGUUAAGCUUUAAUACAGCAUAGAAACAAAAUCACUUUUAGGAAUCUGCAAGAAACUAUGUGUGUCAAAUAACUAUAUAUGCAUGAAACCGGCUGUGCAUGUCAAAUAAUUGGGUGUGUACACGUUUUGCACCUUGGUGCGGCGGAGAACUUUGCGCCUUACUUGCGGUUGAAUUUCUAUUUCCUUGAAUUCUUUGUAACAUUUCAUGGGCAUGAACAAUUUCCCCCCAUUUUUUUAACUGACAAACAUUUCUUACAGUGUUCUGCCACGUUCUGUUGAGAGAAGUAAAGUCAAGUUUAGAAAGUGAAAACUUAAUAUGUACAUUUACAAAAGUCAAAUAAGCCCAAUAAACCAGUCUAUUCGACCUAUAUUGCCUUUUUUACUAGGAUUUUUUCAAUGUCAGUUAA